GUGAUGCAGGUUUUUUCAGUCUAGCAGCGGUUCACUGACUACACGUUUGCGCCCCCUUUAUUUUCAUAUUUAUGUCUGGCUUAUCCGUUUUCUCCCCAGACAAAAAGGUUAUUCUCUUUCAGUGAAAUUAACAGCAGAGCAGGUGUACAUUGAAUCCUUAAGUAUGGACGCUGACAUACUGAACAUAGAGGAGAUAGUAAUGGGCGGUGGAGAGACUGCUGCCCCUGCUGAACUGCCUCCUGUGAAGACAGAGGUUGCUUACACCACCUCCAUUCAGAACCGUGCACCACCUCCUAUGAUUCAGUCGUAUCAGCAUGAAAGCCUGCAGUGUUUCCAGUGUUUUAUUACUUUCUGCAACUCAAAAGCCAAGGAAAGGCACAUGAAGAAGAGUCAUCGGGAAGAAUACAAGCAGCAACUUCAGCAGUGCGAUACUCUGUUCACAUGCUACGUGUGUGAUCGAACCUUCCCCUCUUCUGAGGAGCUGACACAACAUCAGUCGACCCACAACAAGGAGGACAAGCCCUUCAAAUGUGCACACUGUCAAGAAAGCUUCCGCACCUUCUCAGAGUUAACAACGCAUCGACGGCAGGUAUGCCCUGAACGUCAGUUUGUGUGCAAAGAAUGCAACGAGACGUUUCGAAGCCCUGGACUUUUACGCAACCAUCGUUUGGCCCAGCACCCCGUGCCCCUGGAUGAAGAAGAGGUAGAGGAUCCCACAAAGACCUACCGGUGUGGUAAAUGUGGAAGGGGGUUUGAAGAGGAGGCAGAGCUCCUGCAGCAUCAGGAGAACCACGCAGGUGACCGGCACUGCAAUGGUAGUGCUGCCAUCAAACGUCGAGGGAGACCGCCGAAAACUGAGGCCACAGCUGCCAGUGAAAAGAAACUAAAGCGAAAGAAGGAAGACGAGGCAGAGGAGCCUGAGGAAACCAACAAUUCAGAAGACGCUUCUGCAACACCAGCCACGGCUGAAUCGAAGACAGGAGGAAGACGAGGACGCCCAGCCAAAUCUACCCAGGGGCCUAAGGCAGAAGAUGAUGAAGCAGAAAAUGAUGACAAGAAAGCUGUUCCUCAGCCGGCCCGGCAGAUCCCUUGCACUGAAUGUGACCUCAAUUUUGCCUCCCUGGCGCAACUUCGAUCACAUAAGAAAGAGAAGCACACCCAGCGUAAGCCUCACCCUUGUGAAGAGUGUGAGGAGAGUUUUAACCGACCUGCGCAGCUGGAGGCUCACAUGGCAAGAGCACAUAGUGCUGGUCGGUACACCUGUCCCACAUGUGGAAAAAGCUUUGGCAGAGAAAGUAACCUGAAGGCUCAUCAACAGAGCCAUGGAAAAGAAGAGAAGCUAGUCGGAAAGAGAUAAUUCAGUUCGGGAGAAUUUUGAGGGUCUAUGUUAUCAGAAGACGAAUUUGAUUUUUUUUUAAAUAUUGUGUAUAGAAAUGUAGGUGGGGGGACAGGGUUCACUUUAGAUUUGAAGUUGUAACAGUGGGAAUCCUUCAACUGUGUGGCGCUCGAUCAACACUAUGUGAACAUGUUAUUUGAAAACUGGAAACCCAAAGGGUAGUGUGUUCACAGUUAACUAACGGUAUCCAUGUUUGGAUGCCUCAUUGUAUCUUGACGUCUGUACAUAGCUUUGGCAUGGCAAGUAACAAAGGAUUCAUACCACGACUGAAUUCUCAUUUGUAGGGAUAACCAUGUUGUAACUAAUACCAUCAAGAGAAACCCAUGGAAAAUUGUCUAAGGCUUCACAUUGUUGUUUUUAUUUCUUUUCUUUUUUUAAAUUUUAAAGUUUUUUCUAUGAAUAUAAUGUGUUAUUGUUUUUACAUUAUUUUUAGAAGUGUGUACAAUCAAUGUUGAGUGGAAAGAUUUUCUAAAUGAUUGUUUUCUGAUGAAAUCUGGCUAAAUUUUAUUUCAAACGUUUUCAUUUUCUACUGGUAUGAUUUGACAUUUGACUUGAACUUAAAUGUUACCCACAAAACUAAGACAGUUCUCUGAGUGAAGUAAAUAUCUGAAUACUUAAUUGAAAAUUU